UAAACCAAGGCUGAAGGCUGAUCCGCCGCAGAAAAUCUAUAUACUUAUACAGACAGUCAGCUAUUUAGUCGAUAUACACUGUCGGCGGAUGCCAAAAGUACCUCGUAACUAGGCUUCACAAUUCUCAACGCGGCCGCGGUUGCAGCAAUCCGAUACGGACUGAACCCACUUGCGGACAUCCCAUGGAGUUGUUCCAAUGUCAAUCUUGUUCGAAGCAGUUCAGGAAAUUGCAGUUGUACAAUCAACAUCAGAACACACACUCAAAGCCACACCGAUGCAACCAAUGCCAAAAAGGUUUCGGGCUACGAACAGAUCUUCGCCGCCACGAAAGGUUGCGUCAUCGUGUUGCACAGCAGAUGUAUUCUUGUACAGUUGCAGAGUGUGACUUCGAAGCAACGCGCAAGGACAAUCUAGCCCAGCACAUACGCAGAAAGCACCAAUUUGCUUCAAAUCCUCCCUCUGAACUCAGAAAUACUGUAAGGCAUUACCCCGACAAGCCAGAUGCCACUGCCGCCAGUUUUGCACUUGAAAGGUACUCCAUCUCAAUCUUCGAUGCAGCAGCGGCUGGUAAUAUUGCAUUGCUGGAACAGCUGCAUGAGGUUGGUGUGGACCUGUUUACGAUCGCUGCAGAUGGAUCCAAUGCAUUACAUGCUGCGGCUACAGCCACAAGCUCUGGGGCUAUUCGAUACCUUCUCUCGAUGGGCGUAAGACCAAACGAGUGCAACAAAAUGGGCCGGACACCGUUACAAGAAGCUGCACGGGCUGGAAACUGGGAGAACAUGAGCGUCCUCUUGUCACGGGAAAUCAGUAGGCCUCCAGCCACACUUCUAGGCUCCUAUCUCGUACAAUCGGAGAACCUUCAUGCGAUCGCGGCUUUCAUCGAGCAUUAUGGCAGACAAGUCAUCGACCAAGGCGACGAACCACUACUGCACGUGGCUGUUAACAGAAAAAGUGUAGCGGUCCUGCGUCAUCUCCUUGUCCAUAGAGGACUCAAUAUCAACGCAAGCGAUCGGUCUGGAAGAGCAGUAUUACAUUAUGCGGCAAAGCUCGGAAUAGCGGAGAUCUUACAACUGCUGCUUGCGUAUCCUGGGAUUGACGUAAACGCAUGGCCUAUUACACGUAAAUUCAAUCACCAUGAUACCCCUUUAGACAUUGCGGUACGUCGGGGACAAGAGGUCGCAGUCAGAAUUCUACUAUCCCAUGACAGUAUUAAGUUCUUUGGAGGUAUUCCAUGGCCCAUGCACGAAAUUAUAGCAUCCGCGUGUUAUCGACAAUACCAAACAGGGCAGGUGCUUAUCGAAGAUAGCAGAGUUCAGAACAAUGAUGCGGUAAACUCACUUGUCCGAGCAAUCGCGCGAGGCCACGAAUACAAGAUUAUUGAUCUGCUCCAAAAAGAUGUCCUUGCUGCGACAUACACUUUGGAUGAUACAUGUUUGGCUCCCCUCAGCUGGGCAAUCGCUUUAGGUCACAGGACAAUCACGAAACGACUCAUGGAUGUCCCUGCCAUCGAUGUCAACUAUGGUGAAUAUGGCUUCACGCCAAUAGAGAUCGCGGCAGCAAACGGCGACUCUGAUUCUUUGCUGUUACUCUUAGGACAUUCCAGUUUUUCGUCAGGUGAAAGUUCUGUGUACGAAGCCGUUAGAGGGGGGCAUCCCCGAGCGCUGGAACUAUUACUUUCGAAAGAACGGAUCGACCCCAACAGGAAUCACCCUUUAGUCACGGCCACGGAAAAUGGUAGUAUUGAGAUGCCGCUGUGUGGCGUGGAAACCUCGACAUCAUCUGGCUACUUCUCAAGCAUGAAGGAAGAUCGAAGAUCAAUUUUAAUGCUCCCACUGGAAGGCACAGGGAGACUACGGCUCUUGAUAUUGCUAUUCGGCAAAACGCUACGGAAAUUGUCGAAAUUCUCCGCAGCCUGGGGGCGAAAACUAGGAUGGAACUUAAAGAAACUCAAGAAUCUCAGAAUAGCGUUGAAGUGA